AUGCACCUCCUGGCGAGGGGGCCCCCUUGGCUGGGGGCCCCCUGCAAGCCCCCUGGGGCCCUCGUGGGGGGCCCCGAGGAGCCGCAGAAGAGAAGGAAAUACCUCCUCCAGGGGCAUUGCCUGCAGCAGCAGCAGCAGCAGCAGCAGCAACAGCAGCAGCAGCAGCAGCAGCAGACACAACAACCGCAGCAACAGCAGCAGCAGCAGCAGCAGCUGCAGCAGCAGCAGCAGCAGCGCUGUGCGCUGCGGGGAGAAGGCCCCGCGGUGUCUCCUCAGCUCCGCAUGCAGGGGCUGUCUCGCUACAGUCUGAGGGCCCCCAGGGGCCCCCACAGCAGCACAACUGCUGCAGCAGAUAGAAGGGUUAGAUUGCCUGCUGCUGCUGCUUCUCCUAAUGCUCAUCGCAGAGGCAGCAGCAGCACCAGCAGCAGCAGCAGCAGCAGUGAGUGCGCCAGCAGCAGCAGCAGCAGCUGGUACGGCAGAAGCCGAAACGUCAGCAGCAGCAGCAGGAGCAGCAGCCACGGUAGCAUCAGAAGCAACAGCAACAGCUGCAGCAGCAGCAGCAGCAGCAGCAGCAACAACAACAACACCAAGAACAAUGGCAAGCGAGCAGGGGGUGUGCCCCCUAGCAGCAACAGCAGCAGUGCGAGCUCAGGGCGGCGUAGGAGCAGCAGCAACAGCAGCAGCAGCAGCAGCAGCAGCAGCAGCAGCGGCAGCAACAACAGCAGCAGCAGCCGCAGCGGCUCCCCCUCCUGCCCCCUGUGCAGGGGCUCCUUCAUAUUCCGCCACGGGUCUAGGUUAGAGAGGAGAGAGCUGCUGCUGCAGCAGCACGGCUUGGGUGCGUGUGGGGGCCCCAGCAGCUUUGCUGCUGCUGCUCCUGCUGCUGCUGCUGCUGCUGCUACGGCUGCUGCUGCGGAUGUCCGAGGACAGAGGCAUCUUAGUAGGCACCAACAGCAGCAGCAACCACAACACCGCCAAACCUCCAGCAGCAGCAGCAGCAGCAGCAGCAGCAGCAGCCAGCAGCAGCAGCAGCAAGGGGCAGAGCAGCGGCGGGAGAUUGAGGCCCUCAGACGCUGCCUGCUGAGCGGGCUGAUGAAGAAAGAGAGACAGAGAUAUUUCUGUCCCUUUUGCUGCAGACAAGAGGAUGCAGCAGCAGCAGCAGCAACUGCUGCUGCUGCUGCUGCUGAGAGCAGCAGCAGCAGCAGCAGCCGUUUUGUUCCUCGCAGGGGUCUCGAGGCAGAAGCAGCAAGAGUGCAGCAGCAGCUGCAGCAGCAGCAGCUGAUUGACGUUGACAGCCUAGCAGCAGAAGAGCAGCAGCAGUUCUUUGUGAAGCAGGAGGAGCCCUUGCCGCACCCCAACAACAGCAGCAGCAGCAGCAGCAGCAGCAGCAGCGGGUCUGAGGCGCUGCGGGUUGUGUGUGAAGGCUUCGACUGCCGCAGCCUCAGCAGCGAGGCGCGGUGGGCGGUGGCGGAGUUAGUAAGAGAGGGCUGCUUCAUAUCAACAGCGUUGCAGGCUGCUGCUGCAGUGCAGCAGCAGCAGCAGCAGCAGCAGCAGCAACAGCAGCAACAGCAGCAGCAGCAGCAGCAGCAACGGCAGCGACGGCGACAGCAACAUAAGAUACACAGCAACUGGGAGGGGAGAGAGGAGCCACGGGGGCAGCAGGAAGCAGCAGAGCGACGCAGCUCUUUUGCUGCUGCAUGCGCAGCAGCAGCAGCAGACAUAGAAGCAGAAGCAGUGAGCCAGCAGCUGCUUGACCUGGGGGCCCUGCGGGCCCGAGAAGAAGCAGACAGCAGGAGAGACAGAGCAGCGCAGCAGCAGCAGCAGCAGCUCGUCAGCAGCGCGCAGCCACUCUGGCAGCAGCACGGCUGUCUUUGUUCUUACCUAGAGGCCGCCAACCCCCCCCUCUUCGAGGCUCUCACCAGCAGCAGCAGCAGCAGCAGCAGCAGCAGGAGCAGCAGCAGGAGCAGCAGCAGCAGCAGCAUCAGGAGAUACAAAGAGGAAGCAGCAGCACGAGGCCGCUUGCUGCUGCAGCGGCUCUUUGACCUGCAGCAGCAGCUGCUGCGCAGCUACACUUCUGCUGCUCCUGUCUUUGUCUGUAGAGCUGAUGAGGAGGCUGGGCGUCUCCUCAGAGCCUUGCGAGCAGCAGACACACAGCAGCAGCAGCAGCAGCAGCAGCAGCAGCAUAUGAACAUUCACGACUGUCUCCUCAUAGCCUCUGCUGCUGCUGCUGCUGCUGCUGCGGAUGCGGAUGCCGAAGGAGCCGCAGCAGCCAAGGCAAAUGCAGCAACUGCAGCAGUAACAGCAACAGCAGCAACAGCAGCAGCAGCAGCAGCAGCAGCAGGGGAUAAGCGCAUGCAUUGCCAGGCAUUGCCCGUGCUGCAGCAGGAGGGCCCCCAAGGGCCCCCAGGGAGCUGGCAGCAGCAGCAGUGGCCGCUGAGCGAGCAGCAGCAGCAAAUGCUGCUGCUGCUGCAGCAGCAGGCGCAGCAGCUACCGGCUGCUGAGCUGCAGGUGACCUUAGCCAAGGCCUACUUCGAGCAGCAGGAAAAGGCUUUAGUUGAAUCUGCUUUCUUCUCUAACUUGGGGUCUCUUGCUGCUCCGUCUUUGCUGCUGCAGCAGCGGCAGCAGCUGCUGCUGCUGCUGGGCUGGUGGCUGCGCAUCAGCGCCUUUCUCUCGGGCACAGCAGCAGAGCUGCAGCAGCUGCUGCUGCUGCAGCAGCAAGCAUUUGCAAAGUCCCAGCACCAACAGAUACAGCAGCAGCAGCAGCAGCAGCAGCAGCAACAGCAGCAGCAGCAGCAAGUUGUUUCUCUCUCUGACUUGCUGCUGCGCCCACACCCAACACGCGGGCCUUCCUACAUUCAGCUGCUGCUGCUGCAUCCUCAGGACAGCAGUGCUGCUGCUGCAGUUGCUGCUGCAGCAGCAGAGACAGGCGCGAAGCUGGAGUCUCCACCGCAGCACGAGCAGCACCCCAGCAAGGCAGCAGCAGCACCACCAGCACCAGAAGCAGCAGCAGCAGCAGCGACUGCAGCAGCAGCAGCAGCAGCAGCAACUGCAGCAGCAGCAGCAGCAACUGCAGCAGCAGCAUCGACACCACCACAGGAAGUUGAGGAGAUUUCCAGCGACAACGACGAGGUCCUGCAUAGCAGCAGCAGCAGCAGCAGCAGCAGCAGCAGCAGCAGCAGCAGCAGCAGCACUUCAUCGCGGUUCAGCAGCAGGAUAGAGAAAGGUGUGAUUGUGGUUAGCAGCAGCAGCAGCAGCAGCACCAGCAUCAGCAGCAGCAGCAGCCCUGAUGAAGCUUCUGGCCCCCUCCGUGUCUGUAGGCCCCUGCGGGGCCCCCAGAAGCACAUGCCUGCUGCGUCUCGUCGCCGCCUGUGCAGCAGCAGCAGCAGCAGCAGCAGCAGCAGAAGCAGCAGCAGCAGCAGCAGCAGCAGCAGGUUGCUUGCAUACACGCGUUGUAUCUCUGGCUGCUCUACAGCAGAGCAGCUGGCGAUGCAGCUGUGGGGUGUCUCCCCUUCUGCUGCUGCUGCUGCUGCUGCUGCUGCUGCUGCUGCUUCUCUUCUGUCUCCUUUCGUCAGCUGCUGCUGCUGGGAUGUCUGCUUGCCUGAGGCCCCUGGUCUCCAGGGUCUUCGUGCUGCAGGCAGAGCCUUGCUGCCCCUGCAGCAGCAGCAGCACCAGCAGCAGCAGCAGCAGCAGCAGCAGCAGCAGCAAGAGGAGGAGCUGAGUGCCUGUGAUGCCCUCGCCCGCCUCUGGCGCCUUACAGCUGACCCUUCUGCUGCUGUCUGCUGCUCCCCCAGAGUGCUGCAGCAGGAGCAGCAGCAGCAAAGCCCUUUGGGGGCCCCUGGGGGGCCCCCGGGGGGCCCCCCGGGGGGCCCCCCUAGGGGCCCCCAAAAGAAAGUUGAUGGACCUCCUCGCUGGAAUUUAGAGGCAGCAACUGGUCCGUUAUGCCUCUCUGUUGCUGCCUCAGCCUUCCUGCAGCAGCAGCAGCAACAGCAGCAGCAGCAGCAACAGCAGCAACAGCAGCAACAGCAGCAGCAACAGCAGCAACAGCAGCAGCAGCAGCAGCAACUCUCCACUCUCACCAACUCGUUCGCAUCCCCACCGCCACAGCAGCAGCAGCAGCAGCAGCAGCAGCAGCAGCAGCAACUCCCCCGCCACAACAACACCACCACCACCAGCAGCAGCAGCAGCAGCAGCAGCAGCAGCAGCAGCAGCAGCAGCAGCAGCAUAGAAUGUUUGCCUGCGUUUGAGUGGCUGAAGGGAGCUAUAAGAGCUGUUGAGAAUGCCACAGAAGCGCAGUUUCUGCUGGAGGCACCCGAGGAGAUCUAUGCUGAGCUUUUUAUUACUUAA